AGCUGGAACCGUCACCGGAAGUUGCCAUGUCCUCCAGCCCCGGGAGCUGAAGCGGCCCAAAAAAACAUAGAUAAAAGAAAAUGGAUCCCUGGGUCCGCUUCACGGCGCAGAGCCAGGGCCGGGAGCGUAUCUUCAGGGCUGCUCAGUAUGCCUCUGCUUUGUUGGCUUACUCACUACAGAAGAGUGGGGCGAGUCCAGAGCUGGUUAUUCUAGUCAAGCAACUGGAGGCUCACCUCAGCUUGGGGCGCAAGUUGUUCAGGUUGGGCAACUCGGCCGAAUCACUCGAGGCCGCCAAGCGGGCCAUCCACCUGUCAGACCUGGUGCAGCGUUUCUGCAUCACCAUCGGCCACCUGAACCGGGCCAUGUACUUCGGCUGUGACAACCUGCUGUGGGCCGGCAAGGUGGGCCUGGCCCCCUCGCUGGAUCAGGACAAGUGGAGCCAGCGCUCCUUCAGGUACUUCCUAUUCGCGCUCAUCAUGAACCUGAGCCGCGACGCCUACGAGAUCAGCGUGCUGGCGGAACGCGAGGCCCGGAGCCAGGGCAAAGCAGGCACGGAGGUAGUAGGUGGGGGUGCGGCCGGCAUCGCGCUGGGCGGCAGGGCGCGGGCCCAGCUGUGCCUGCUGUGCCGUGUGCUGAGAAGCAACCCCCCCUUGCUGCUGGACGUCCUGAAGAACUGCUGCGACCUCUUCAUCCCCCUGGACCGGCUGGGCCUGCUCAAGACCAGCCCCGGGGUGGUGGCCUUCUGCGGCCUCUCUUCCUCCAUCCUCUCGAUCCUCACCAUAUGCCAACCCUGGCUGAAGCUGAAGCCCUAAUGGAGCGUGGGGACCGGACUUUUUAAAAAAAAACACACAUAACUGAUGGGACAGUGCGGAGAACAAAAAGAUUGAUUUUGUUUUCCAUUGAUGUUAUUGCUAAUAAAAACUGAUUAUUGACACCACUACAUCGGCCAGUGGAAGCGGGACGGUACUUAAGCUUGGGUCUGCCAGCAAACAGAGUCUAUUUCCUUGGUAAACGACAAACAGGAUCUACUUGCCCGACAAACAGAAUUGGAUUGACCUAGCAAACAACAAACAGAGUCUAUUUCCUUGGCAAACAACAAACAGAAUCUACUUGCUCGACAAACAGAAUUGGAUUUAACCUAGCAAACAACAAACAGAGUCUAUUGAAAGAACCUCUGCGAGCUGCGGCAAGCAGAACUCGCGGGCGAAACUGCAGCAAAGCCCCCGGCCAAACGCAGCAAGUGGAGGAUAGUACCAGGAUCACGUGCGUAACUGAUGGGGUGUCGGGGCGCUGUCUGGAGGUCCAGCCCAGCGCCCCGCACGCUAACGGCAACAGGAUUGUAGUUGCGGGGUAUCUACAAGGAGGAGACGCUCCAAUCAGCCUGGCGUUCCUGCGCCUCAUCACUGCCCGGGGAACACGCAACUCCACGCGCCACCCCCCCCCCCCACCCCCCAAAAAAAAAUUGCCAGGACGUGAUUGUCAAGCGGGAUUGGGAUCGUCCGGGAAGCCUGCCCCAGUCAAAUAGCUCGGCAACUUGUAGCAGCCAUUUUAACCACAGUUCCCACACAGGAGGAGAUGCAGUCGAGCGUUGGCUCUUGCUGGCCACCAUCGCGAUGGCCGAUUGAAAUGGAAGGGGUCCUACCCCCUCCCCCACCUCUUUUCAACCCUCCCCAAACAGGACAGGGUGCCUCCUACACCUUUUCCCCUGACAGUCCUGUAUUCUUGUCACACGAACCGAUUAAAUAGUUGCAACAGAGAGGUCAUGUUUGGACCUUGUUGGUCACUCUCUCUGAACACAGGCCUGCCUAGCGAUUAGCGUUACAAUUCCACUUGUUUCAAUGUCUGCUUCCCCGGCUGACGGUGAAAUGCUGAAUAAAAGGGACCUUGCAGCUUC